AUGCCCACCGGGCAGGAGGCUGCGGAUUCCCGAUUGGAACGGGAGGAGGAAGGAGUUAAGACGGAGAACGACCACAUCAACCUGAAAGUGGCCGGGCAGGAUGGCUCCGUGGUGCAGUUCAAGAUCAAGCGGCACACGCCGCUGAGCAAGCUCAUGAAGGCGUACUGCGAGCGGCAGGGCUUGUCAAUGAGGCAGAUUAGAUUCAGGUUUGAUGGACAACCAAUAAAUGAAGCAGACACACCUGCACAGCUGGAGAUGGAAGAUGAAGACACUAUCGAUGUGUUUCAGCAGCAGACGGGUGGAGCGUGCUAAGAAACACCGUCCCUUUUGAGAAGAGGAGUUUAAGGAUCCUCAUCGUGCCUCACUCCUUCAUCUGUCCUUGGAUUUGCUAUUAAAUAGUAAACAAAUGAACAUGGCAAUCACACAGGAUCCUCUUAAAACUUGAGAGGACAUUUACCAAAAUUGCUUUCUUGUCUUUGACAUACUGCGUGUGCAAGUCAAAACGUUAUCUGCAGGGAUUAUGUCUGAAAUUGGGCCAAUUUGAUUUAAGUUCAGAUUAAUAUGCGUUGUCUAUCUGCUGUUAUCUUAUAUUUUUUUCUUCACACCUGUGACCUAAAUAUUCAUCCAUAUUUUAGGAUGUGGAGUGUUCAUUCCUGGCUCUCAUCGUUCUUGCCCUACAAAUCAUGUAAAUAGUUCUGUAUAUUUUCAUGCCAAUGCUGAGCUUAAAGGUUUUCUCUUAUAAAUCUGGCCAAGAGGAGGA